ACUCUCCAUAGAUCUUUCAUAAUACAGUCCAAGGUUAUAUAACAUGUCACAGUAUGAACAUGAACACUUAGUACUAACUGGAGGAGUACUGAAUAAUUUGAUUCCUGAAUAGUAAGCACUUUUCUGAUAACUAGUGAGGUUAGUACUUGGCUGAUGGAAAUCAUGCUUAUGCCUUGUAUUUAUGCUAUGUAUGUCAGUGUGUAUGGAACUUCUCCAUGUUGUCCAUGGCAGUAAUUAGAGAACGAAUACACUCACAAGAGGAGUAUAUUAAAUUUCAAUAAAUGGUUCUGUGCAAGGCACUCAUUUCUUAAUACCUGCCAUUAUUGUAAUGAUAUUCUUCUGGAUGUUAAACUCUUUUUGUUGUCUGUUGAGUUCCCCAGAAGAUAAUAACAUGUGUCAUGAUGGAAUGUAAAUAAACAAGCUCAGACAGAGACCAUAUAGUUGGAGAAUAUGCAGAAAUUCAAUUUCCCUGUCAAGAAGACUGAGGAAGAAUUGUGUGAUGAUGCAAAGCUGGACUUCAAAGGAAAGGAAAAGAAAGGCAUGCAAAAAUUAUACACAAGGAUUUUCCAAACGUAUCACAGACAUACCUCUCUUGGCAUGCUGUUGGACCCGGGAACCGGCCGGUGUAUUUUGCAGCUGAGCUCGACAAUCCAGUCAGACACGGAGCAGGCCGGCGACAGCCAGCUGAUUGAAUGGUAUUGCAAACGUUAGACAUUUGUAGAAGGAAAUCUCUUGUGUCACUUCAUUAUGAUACCGUCAUAUUGUCGUACACUUUCGUUGUUUAAUGUCGGUCGUUUGACGAAGAGCUCCUACUUCCAAGAGUAUGAACAAACGUUGUUAUCCUGCAAGUGGUGUUAUAUUGACGGUGUGGUUUCGUGAGGACAGAAAUCAGGCAAGAAUUGAAGGAGUUUUAAAUAAGCGAAAUACGGAAUUGACAUUUCCCGUUACAUUAUUUUAGUAAUUUUAAAAGUGCGAAAUAAAAUAGUCUCUGUGGAAGAUUUUAGUUUUGUUUUAGUGAAUUGUGUAUUCUUUAACAGAUAGUUUAAUAACUUUUUACAGAAAUAGAUUUUGUAACAACACAGAAUUAUUGCCCCAAGCUAUUGUGAACGACAUUGAAGGCUGGUGUGAUUUGGUGACCUACAUUUAGUGGCGUCAUUAAUGGAACUGAGUCAGAAAGGGAGUGUUGUUUUUGUUGUCUUGAUUAACAUUGGAGGAUAUAGUACUUCGUGAUUUAAACAAUGUCUACCGGGAAAAGGUUGGCUAAACGUUCCAUAAUAGGGACUAGAGUUUGUGCCCAAGGAGAGGACGGUAAAUUUUAUUCCGGUGUUAUUUAUGCAGUCAAAACACCUGGGAACUGUGAUGGAUUCGCAAAUUCUGCAGGUGAAACCAGAUAUUCGGUACGUUUCGAUCCACUGCCUGGAAGCAAACGACUUGUGACCGCGAUGAGAGAAUACAAGGAAGCCGAACUGAUCGGUCCCGGGUUCCAAGCCGUGACAGGAUUUAGACUUUUACCAGGACAGAAAGUUUUUCUCACCUACAACGGUCGAGAAAUCUCCGGCGAAGUGACGUCACAUCAGCCACAAAUUGAUGAAGUUAUCGUCAAUAUAAUCCCUCCAGGAUUUGAGGGCCCACUGGAAUUGAAGAAGAGGUUGGAAGAAGUGCGCUUGCUAGAGUCACGGAAAUCCGCUCGGCUCAUGGAUCAAGAUACAGACUUCGCGAGGCUAGCUGACAUGGCCGGCGACCGCAAGCGACCAUCGUCCCACUCCAUAGACGUGCCUACAGUGCAGGGUAUGCUACUCAUUCCUAACGAUGCGGAUGGACCAACAUCGCCGAGUCUAAUCCAUUUCGGAGUAGAGGAUCAACAGCACGAUCUCCCUAUGCCGGCUGGCCAAACUCCAUACCCAGACGAAGUUACAGGAAACAUCAGCGUGGAUUUGAUGCAAUCCAUCAACUUCUGGUCCGACGUUCUCAAUCGAUCAGAUACUGGAGACAAAAUGUCUCGGAAGCGGAGACCGAGUUCCUCGCAGGAAGACUUCAUGGACGAGUGCACCGCAGCUCUGGUCCUCAUGAGUCUCUCCUGCAGCCCUCACUCGCCCAAGUUUAAUGGUCUGUCGUGGGGGGAGCAUUUGUCACCUAGCCCCAGCAGCGACGCGUGUUCUUGGAGGAGCUCGACGCCCUCUCCACCCCUCAGCGAAGGUGGAUCCACGUCCACAUUUUGGUCGCAGGUCACUACCGAUGAGGGCAUUGUCAUCGAUGAAUAUGAUGAACUGCCACGCAAGAAGAAGGCAAGUCGAAUUGUGUUCCAGUGCAGGUGGCCUGGUUGUCGUGUUAUCACCACGACGUGUGCUGCCAUCGAGGGUCAUGUUCGCAAGGUGCAUCUGGGUCCUCGUGAGACAACAGAGAAUGAUUUGGAGUUGAGCGAUCAUGAAGAAGAAUUCUACUACACAGAAGUAGAACUAGGGCCGCAGACAUCUUCUCCUCCAACGUUGUCACAUCGUGACAUGGCCAGACCUCCACAUGAAGAUCCAGAGUACCUGAAACAGCUGAAAAAUGGUUUCACAGCUGGACACCAGAGAGCAGGUCCUAUUAACAUUCCAUCAGGAAGUCUACCUUGGUCGUCACCAACCACUGCCACUUCUCCUAGCUCACCUCAGAAGCACCUGAAACUCAGCCCACGAACGGGCGGCCAGAUACAACACCAGUCCAAUGGCAGUCAGCUUCUGUCACUGUCAGCACCCAACAAACUGCCCGGAAGUCCGACCAGGAAACUGCGAGGCGAAACAAAGAAGUGUCGUAAGGUUUAUGGAAUGGAACAUCGAGAACAAUGGUGCACCCAGUGCAAGUGGAAGAAAGCGUGCACAAGAUUCGGAGAUUAGAUCAAGUGCAGGGCCAAAAACAAUGGGCAUUGUCCGACAGUAGUCAUGAGUAUUCUUGAGAAUUACCAAAAUUACAAGACGCAAUUCAGCGGGGAACCAAAUUGUCAUCUGUGGUUUGCAUCGGACAUGAAACUCCGUAUCCUGGUUUGUUAGUUCUGAUGAAUUUAACUGUGAAAGCAACAAACUCGGUACAAUAUUUCUGCCUAGCUAUUGGCUUAG